AUGAAACUCCCCAUCGCAGGCCUCCUACUCUCUCGCGCUUCAGCGCCCUUAACAUACUGGAACGACCGCGAUCAGACAUUCGGAGCAACGCCGCCCAGAGUAUUCGAUAACCGAUCCAUUGAGAUUCUCCAAGAUGCGAUAGCAGAGCCGAAUGCCACCCGUGAAAUAUCGUUCCGCCCCUUUGAGGCAUUCACAGGCAACGCUCCUUUACUCGGACCAGACGAAUGGACAUGGCGUGUAAAUAUAUCCGAUUUCAGUCUCCCCCACCUCGCCCAAAACACCACCUCGGAAAACCUAGGUCGAAACAUCACAAACCCGCACUACAUCGCGACCUCAUACUCUCUCUCCUGGCCCCGCGGAGGGAACCUCUCAGCCGGCGGUCUCCGCGGCUCCGAUUCCCCUUUUUGCGUAACAUCCCUAGACGUCGAGUUCUUCCCCAACGUGACGAACCUCUGGACCGAGGAGACUAGCAACAGCACAGACUGCGAACCCGUCCUCGGCGAAUCAUGUCUCGACGCCCUCCGCCUCGAAGAUAAAACCCUCACCACCAAAGGCUGCGACGGGAGAAUGCCCUCGUGGAGGACGAUUCCGGAGUGUAAUGCCACGUUUGGGUGUGGUGCAGUGAUUCAUGGUGCUAGGACGAGUAAUCUCAACCCCAACGUAACGAGGAACUCCACCUCGACGACGGGGGACCCGGUUACGAGUGGGAGUGAGAUUUUGGGGUUCGGGAGCGGGUUGGUUGAUGGCGGGGAUGCGACGCAGACGUACCUAAAUGCUUCGAACCGCGUGCAGAUUCUUAUUUUUAAUACGUGGGUUGGGGAGGAGAGGUUUAAUGUCAGAUUGGCGAGGCCGAAUGUUCAUUGUAUGAGGGUGAAUUCGACUCGGGUUGCAUCGAGUGCGGCGUUCGGCGAGGGUUCGUUGAGUUGGGGGGUCUUGCUGGUUGCUGCUAUUGUGAACAUGUCUGUGUCAUUACUUUAG